AUGUCUUUUAGGAAACAACUCUCUGGUAAUAUGAAAAGAAAAAAAAAGGCAAAGGAUAACGAAAUUGCCGAAAGUUUAAGAGGAUCUCUUAAUAAAUUUUUCUCUACAAAUAAUGAGUCAGUUGAAAAUUUGAGAGAAAAUAAUGUUGGUGAAGAGCCACAAAAUGUUAUUGGGGAGUCUCAUGAUCAUGAAAAUGGUAGUGAUUUAGAAGAAAAUGUUGGUGAUGAGUCUCAAGACCAUGAAAAUGGUGGUGAUGUGGAUUUAAAUGUUGAUGAUGAUCAUAUUGGUGUAGAGGAAAAUAUUGAAUCUCCUGAACCUAUUUUCCAUAUAAACAUUUAUGAUCCAAGAGUUUGGGAUGGUCUUAAUGCAGAAAUGAGAGACUUGCUUGUAGAAAAUGGGUCAAUUCGAGAAACUAAUCUCACUUAUCCUAAGGACAAACUCUCUAGAAAAUUUUCCUCACACUACUAUGAUCGAAAAUUACCAACGGGUGAAAUUUAUGAUAGGAAAUGGCUCGUGUACUCAAAAAGAGUUGGAUAA